AAGCACUAAUUCUUGACAAAUCAAUCGGAGUAUUUGACAAGCAAACCUGCGCCGUCGAUGUCGGAUAAGCUGCACGCCACAUAAUAUCUGAACCGAGGCACUUGACCCACCGAUAACAAAUACCAAAAAGGGCCCCCUCCAGCAUCAUCAUUCAUGCGGUCUGAAAAAGACUCAGGGCAGUUGAAAGCCACGGACACCAAAAACAAAUUAAGAAUCCUGCAAUAAUAUUCCAAUUCCCCACACUCUGCAAGAAAAAUGGAUGCAAGAAACAAUCACGUCUUGUUAUCAUGGCAAAUGAGGGUUAAAGGUUCGAGUCUCGCGGGGUCGCUCAUUCCGUACGGACAUUUAGCAUGAUCCGAUCCAAUAUCCAGGUACGAAUUCAGAAUUUUCGUCUCCUAAAACCUUGAAUUUAACCAUCGAGACAAAAUCAGUUGAUGUAAGGCAAACAGGACAGAAAGAAACAGUGAAAUCAGCAAAUCUAUCUAAAUACGAUUUACAUUCGGGGGAAUUGAACGAUCAAAGAAAGAUUAAGGGUUCUGUAGCUUUUUUUGGGGCAUGCGCCUGGUUAUUUAGGGAUACUGGUGAUUGGAGUCAGCGUAGGGUUUUUUUAACCCAUAAAUUCGAUCAGCAGCCGGUGGAUUGAACAGAAAAGGAAAAAUUGCGUUUUGAAAGCAUUUUUUGGGGUUCAUCUUUUGUUAUUUGGGAUUGCAGUUAUUUUUUUGAUUGAGCGUAGGCUUGCUUAUUACAUCGAGGGAUCGUUCAAAUUGGAUAAAAAUGGGGUCGUUGAAGCCGUCUAUGCGGUCCAGGACCUCGGCUCCGGCGGGAGCUGUGACUGCUAAUGGCACCGUGAAUGAAGACGGUGCUCUCUCUGACAAAUUGAAAUUGUUUAAAACGGAUAAUUUUGAUGCGGAUGGCUAUGUUCAGCUGAAGUGCCAGUCCAUGAAUGAGAAGGAAAUUAGGCAACUGUGUAUGCAUCUUUUAGAACUUAAGAAAGCAUCCGCUGAAGAAAUGCGUAAAAGUGUCUAUGCCAAUUAUUCUGCAUUUAUCCGCACUUCGAAAGAGAUAUCAGACCUGGAGGGUGAAUUGCUUUCAAUUAGAAAUUUACUUUCUACUCAGGCUGCCUUAAUUCAUGGACUCGCAGAGGGUGUUCAUAUGAAUUCAUUAUCAAAUAGUUCUGGGAUUUCCUCAAUUCAGGACUCUCCUGCCUCCGAAGAUUAUGAGAUUUCAGAAUUAGAGAGAUGGUCCUUGGAACUUCCUGAUGUUCUGGAUGUUCUUUUAGCAGAACGAAGAGUAGAUGAAGCUUUGGCUGCCCUAGAUGAAGGUCAGCAAGUAGCUGCGGAUGCACAACAGAAGGGGAGUUUGAGUCCAACUGCACUCACUUUAUUGGACAAUUCUAUUGCUGAUUGUAGACGUCGGCUUGCUGAGCAGCUUGCUGAUGCUGCUCACCAACCAUCCACUCGUGGUGCUGAACUUCGUGCUGCAAUAUCUGCACUCAAAAGACUUGGUGAUGGUCCUCGUGCACACACAUUAUUACUUAAUGCUCAUUACCAACGGCUUCAGUAUAAUAUGCAAGGUUUACGACCAUCCAGUACUUCUUAUGGUGGUGCAUAUACUGCGGCCCUUUCACAACUUGUUUUUUCUGCUAUUGCACAAGCUGCAAGUGAUUCUUCAGUUGUUUUUGGAGAGGAAUCAGCAUAUGCGUCAGAGCUUGUAAUGUGGGCUAGCAAACAAACUGAGGAAUUUGCACUCCUUGUGAAGAGGCAUGCACUUGCUUCUUCAGCAGCUGCUGGAGGACUUCGAGCUGCUGCGGAAUGUGUUCAGAUAGCCUUAGGUCAUUGCUCUUUGCUGGAAGCUCAGGGCAUUGCACUCUGUCCUGUUGUCCUAAAGCUGUUUAGACCUAGUGUGGAACAAGCAUUGGAUGCCAACUUAAAACGUAUUGAGGAGAACACUGCUGCUCUUGCUGCAGCUGAUGAUUGGGUGUUGACACAUUCACCUGCUACUAGCCGGCCAUUCAAUCGAGCUUCAAACAUUUCAACUGGAGGAAGUUCAUUCCAGUUGAAGCUUUCAAGCAGUGCACACAGGUUCAAUUCAAUGGUUCAGGAGUUUUUUGAUGAUGUAGCACCACUUUUGAGCAUGCAACUGGGAGGACCAACCUUGGAUGGUCUGGCAAAGGUGUUUGACUCAUAUGUCAGCUUGUUAAUAAAGGCUUUGCCUACUACAAUUGAAGAGGAUGGAAGCUUGGAGGUGUCAGAAAAUAAAUUAGUACGAUCAGCUGAGACUGAGACCCAACAAAUUGCCCUCCUGGGAAAUGCAGCUACCCUAGCAGAUGAGUUGCUACCACGUGCUGCACUAAAACUUGUCCCUAAUCAAACUGGUGGCAAGGAAGAUCCUCGAAAGAGAUUAGCUGAAAAACAGAACCGUUUUCCUGAGCUCAGAGAUUGGAGAAAGCGGUUGCAGCGAAGUGUUGAUAAAUUGCGUGACAAUUUCUGCCGACAACAUGCCCUAGAUUUGAUUUUUACUGAAGAAAGUGAUGCACAAUUAAGUGCAGAUAUGUAUAUAUAUUUAGAUGACAAGGCUGACAGUAGCUCAUGGCAUCAAGAUGCAUUUCCUUCUCCAAUAUUUCAGGAUCUCUUUACCAAAUUGAACAGGUUGUCAUACAUCGCCACAGAAAUGUUACCUGGCAGAGAAAGAGUCAUUACUGUGCUAUUGAUGAGACUCACUGAAACUGUUAUAAUCUGGCUUUCUGAUGAUCAGACUUUCUGGGAGGAUAUUGAAGAUGGGCCUAAGCCUCUGGGACCUUUGGGGUUGCAGCAGUUUGUGCUGGAUAUGCAGUUUGUUAUGCAGUUUGCAUCUCAAGGGCGCUACUUAUCCAGACACAUGCACCAAGUAGUUAGGGACAUUAUCUCAAGAGCUAUAAAUGUCUUUGCUAACACUGGGAUGGAUCCAAACAGUGUUUUGCCUGAGGAUGAUUGGUUUGUUGAUGUUGCUCAAGAUGCCAUGCUUAAAUUAAGUGGAAGAUCAAGAAGCGUUAAUGGGGAUAGAGAACCAAACAGUCCCACAGCGUCUGUGUCUGCACAGUCUAUGUCUUCAGUGAGGUCACAUGGAAGUUCAUAAUUAUUUACUUUAUUUUGCAUAAGGGUUUCACAGGACAUGGUGCUAUUGUCACCUAUUUCCCGAAUCAGCCUUGCAGUUUGUAAAAGAUGUUGAUCAUGAAAAAUUGUGUUUUAGAAGCUAUCAAGAGUUUCUUUCGUACAUGGAGCAUUUUGAUGUUGUUAUAAGGUACAUCAUUUUUGGAAUGUUUGUAUUAUUGAUUCCAUCAACUUCAAGAGGUUUUCAAGGGUUCAAUAUAAAGUGGAUGUUGGAACAUGACUACAUGUAUACUAGCACGCUGGAGAGGAGUCAGUUUGUACUUAAAUCUGUUUUUCUCCAAGUAUCAAUUGUAAAGAUGAUGGCAAGUUCAUAUUGAGGAAGUUUGCCAUGUAAUUUUUUGGGUUUAUAGUGAAUGGAUAGUUUGGAAGAUACACCAAUUGUAAUAAUAACAUUUUGCCCAAGUUUCACAGGUACA